GAUCCUUCGGCUCAUUCACAGUCAGUAUCGUUCGAUUCGUCGCUCUUAAAUAAGCGAACGCGAAGUCGCUACAUGCCGAUAAUUACGAAGGAUCGGCCUUUCGGGAAAUAGGAAUACCUGGGUUGAAACGGUACUCAGAAAGAACAAGCGGCACUCAAUCGAAAUCGAUACAGCCGAACAUCCGCGCACUUUUGGAGAUGAACGCGUGAGACGAAACAAGGAACACAGAAGUGUAGUCUCAGUGAGUGCCUAUAAGCGGCUGAGCGCGCAUCUCCGACGAAAAUUUAUAUCGCGCAUCGACCGACAUCGUGAGACAUGACGGUCGAAAUUGAAAUACCUAGACAACCCGUGAAAGUGCCGAGUCCCAGUUUCAAGCCGUCCGAACGAUGGCGGAUCAUGCGGAACAUCCUGACGAUUAGCUGCGCUUUCAUGGUGAAUUUCACCGCGUUUAUGGGAGCAUCGAACUUGCAGAGUUCGAUUAACGCCGAUCAGUCGCUGGGCACGUUCACGCUGUCAGCGAUUUACGGCAGUCUGCUGUUCAGCAACAUUUUUCUGCCGGCUCUAGUCAUAAGUUGGUUGGGCUGCAAGUGGACUAUGUCGGUUUCCAUAUUGGCUUAUAUGCCUUUCAUAGUGUCCCAAUUUUAUCCGAAAUUUUAUACGAUGAUCCCCGCUGGACUGUCCGUCGGGUUGGGCGGAGGACCGCUUUGGUGCGCAAAAUGCACUUACUUGACCGUAGCGGCGGAGGCCUACUCGACCAUCUCGGAUGUGGCCGCGGAUGUUCUCGUCACGAGAUUUUUCGGCCUCUUCUUUAUGUUCUAUCAAAUGGCACAGGUGUGGGGGAAUCUUAUAUCUUCAGCGGUUCUUUCUUAUGGCGUCGACACAGUCACCACGAAUAUGACUUUAAAUAGUAGCAUCGUGGCGGAAAAUUGCGGCGCAAAUUUUUGCGGAGUGUCUGGCAUGAAGAACACAAAUUUACAGUCACCGCCGGUGGAAAGAAUACAUCUGAUCUCCGGGAUUUAUUUAGCUUGCAUGAUAUUAGCCUGCCUGAUAAUAGCGUUUGGCGUAGAUUCUUUGUCCAGAUACGAUAGGAACAGAGCCCGAUCGGUGAAAGGCACGUCUGGAUUCAAACUACUGGCCGUGACAUUAAAGUUAUUGAAAGAGAAAAGCCAACUGUUGAUAUUGCCGAUAACGAUGUUUAUCGGUGCCGAACAGGCCUUUUUAUUCGCCGAUUACAAUGCGUCGUUUGUCUCCUGCGCUUGGGGAAUUAGUAAAAUCGGUUACGUGAUGAUAUGUUUCGGCGUGACGAAUGCCAUAGCCGCACUCGCCACGGGAUCCAUCAUGAAGUUGACCGGGAGAAAGCCCGUGAUGAUCUUCGCGUUUUGUUUGCACUUGAGCAUCUUGAUCUUUAUGUUACGAUGGAAACCGACGCCCGAGCAAGGUGUCAUCUUCUUCCUGCUAUCCGGUUUAUGGGGUGUGUGCGACUCGAUUUGGCUGGUGCAAGUAAAUGCCUUGAGCGGCAUUUUAUUUCCCGGUCAAGAAGAAGCAGCUUUCUCCAACUUCCGCUUGUGGGAAUCCACUGGUUCUGUGAUAACGUACAUUUAUAGUCCAUAUCUGUGUACUUGUAUAAAGUUGUACCUUUUGAUCGGGAUACUGUGUGUCGGAAUGGCUGGUUACGGCGUUAUCGAGUGGUCAGGUAAAGUGGACAGAGACAUUUCCAGCAAGGGGCCCGAGUUUGAAUUGGUGACUGAUAAUGAAAUCAACCGAUAAAGUAUGAAAGCAGAUUUUAGUUUAGUUUUGAUACUCCUUUCGACAGAAUCGUAUAAGAUUCUUCGGAAUCUUUGUCUUUUGAUAUCGUAUUGUCUUUUGAAAUGUGCCAAAGUAAGAAAUUCUUACAAGUAUAUGUUGAAUAACUACAUUUUCAAAAUCACAACGUUUCUUACUUAUUAUUUGCUUAGCAUUAAUACUGCCGUUAAUAGGACCCGACUAUGAGAGAAAUAAUGCAUAAUUCGCAUGGUGUAGUUUAAAUAUUUGAAUUUAUUAGAACGAGAAGAAAGUACCUUUGAACUGAAUCAAAACUAUUACUAGAGCGAUAUUCGAGAAAAAAUCUCUAUAGCUGUUGCUGUAACAAAUUAAAUACAUUCACUAACAGUCGCUUUUCAUGUGUACGUUAUUGCGAAGAGUAACACAUAGUAGUUGCUCGAGAAAGCGCAUGAUUUCGUAAAUCGCGAAGAAUCGUAACACAUAUACGACUUUUUGUUAUUUGUACCACAAUAUAUGUUUUUAUUUUA